GAGCGGAGGGAAGGCGCCCCGGAAUCCGAGCGGGCACAGGAGCUGUGGGCCCGAAAACACUCUUUUUAGAGCAUCUCCUGCUGGUACUAUCCAACAUGCCAUCCUUAAGUGGGAAAGUGCAAACUGUUUUGGGCCUUGUGGAGCCAAGCGAACUGGGCCGUACCCUGACCCAUGAACAUUUGACAAUGACCUUUGACUGCUGUUACUACCCACCUCCUCCAUGCCAUGAAGCUACUUCUAAAGAACCUAUCAUGAUGAAAAAUUUAUUUUGGAUUCAGAAAAACCCUUAUUCUCAUAAAGAGAAUCUUCAGUUGAAUCAGGAGACAGAAGCCAUAAAGGAAGAAUUGUUGUAUUUCAAAGCUAAGGGUGGAGGGACCAUGGUGGAGAACACAACCACAGGAAUUAGCAGAGAUGUGCAGACCUUGAAGUGGCUUGCAGAACAGACUGGAGUCCACAUCAUAUCUGGAGCUGGGUUUUAUGUGGACGCAACACACUCUUCAGAGACCAGGGCCAUGUCAGUGGAACAGCUUACAGAUAUCCUUAUUAAUGAAAUUCUCCAUGGAGCUGAUGGAACCAAUAUCAAGUGUGGUGUUAUUGGAGAAAUUGGUUGCUCCUGGCCUUUGACUGAGAGUGAAAGGAAGGUUCUUCAGGCUACAGCUCACGCCCAGGCUCAGCUUGGCUGUCCUGUGAUUAUCCAUCCUGGACGGAGUCCAAGUGCACCAUUUCAGAUCAUCCGCAUAUUACAAGAAGCAGGUGCAGACAUCUCCAAAACAGUUAUGUCUCACCUUGAUAGGUCUAUAUUUGACAAGAAGAAGCUACUGGAGUUUGCUCAACUUGGCUGCUACUUGGAAUAUGAUCUGUUUGGUAAUGAACUUUUUAAUUACCAGUUCAACCUGGAUAUUGAUAUGCCUGAUGAUAACAAAAGAAUUAGAAGGGUGCGUUUCCUGGUGGAUGAAGGCUACCAAGAUCGAAUUCUGAUGGCACAUGACAUUCACACAAAGCAUCGACUGAUGAAAUAUGGAGGUCACGGCUAUUCUCAUAUACUCACCAACAUUGUUCCUAAAAUGUUACUUAGAGGUGUAACUCAGAGUGUACUUGACAAGAUACUGAUAGAAAACCCUAAGCGAUGGCUAACUUUCAAGUAGGUUAGUUGUUUAGGAAUUUACACCUUGAAUAUAAAACUCGGCAGUGAAUAUUGAGUGAUUUCAAACCCACUGUGGGAUAUUCAUCUGAGCCACAUAGGACUAC